AUGCCGCAAGCUGCCCGCGUCAUCCAUCCCUCGCCCGACGUCAAGCGCGGCGUCGAGUACUGGGAGGGCGUCGCCCCCACCGUCGACGGCGUCCUCGGCGGCUUCGGCCACGUCUCGCGCAUCGAUGCGCUGGGGUCACGCACCUUCCUGCUCAAGGUGCUGCCGCGCCUCUCGUACUGCGCCCCCGCCUCGAUCAACACCAGCCCCUUUGCCUGGAAGCAGGACAAGGUCGCUGCCCGUGGCGGAAAGGGCAAGGCGCGCACCCGGGCGCUCGACUGCGGCGCGGGCGUCGGCCGGGUGACGGAAAACAGCCUGCUCCCCAUCGUCGACGAAGUGCACAUGGUCGAGCCCGUGCCCAAGUUCCUCGCAGAGGCCAAGAAGAACUCGCCAAAGUGGCUGCCGCUCGCCACGCCGCCGUCCCAGUCGCCGUUCCAGGCCCGCAAGGCCGCCCACUUCCACUGCUCGACGCUCCAGGACAUUGACCCGGCGCGACCCUACAGCUCGGCGCAGAAGGGCAAGGGCAAGGAGUUCGAUCCCACCGUCUCGGUCGAUGACCAAAACGAAGGCGGCCCUGCGACAGGAUCCGCAGAUUCGGCCGCGGAAGCGACGUCAUCCACCGGCGACGACCACGAAGCGGGCAGCAAGCACGAGCCGCUCAAGUACGACGUCGUGUGGAACCAGUGGUGCCUGCAGCACCUAUCGGACAAGGACCUGGUCGCCUUCCUCAAGCGCUCAAGACAAGCGCUCAAGGACGGUCAAGGCGAGGAGGGCAUCAUCGUGGUCAAGGAAAACGUGUGCCAGGAGGCCGCCGACGGCAACGAGACGGUGUGGUACGACGACGAGGACCACUCGAUUACACGCUCGACAAAGGCCUACGAGCGCGUCUUUGCCGAGGCGGGCCUCAAGGUGAUCAAGUGCGAGGUGCAGCAGGGACUGCCGCAGGAGCUGUUCACUGUGAAGAUGUGGGCGUUGCGAUAG